AUGACCGUUCGGCCAGAAACACAUCGGGACGUCGCUAUCAAGACUAUCAAGCGGAGCGGUCUGAAUCAGAAACUGCUGGAUAACUUACAGAGCGAGAUAGACAUCGUCAAGGGCACACCCCGUCACAUCACGACGCUUAUUGACAUCAUCAAUGCGGAGCACAACAUCUAUCUGAUUAUGGAGUACUGCGCUGGGGACGAUUUGACAAACUACAUGCGCAAGCGGGGUAGAGUCGAGGGACUGGAGUGCAUCCGAGGUCCAGGUAUGCCUCCACAGUACUACCCUUACCCGCGGACAUGUGGAUUGGAUGGGAUCGUCGUCCGUAGUUUCUUGAGACAACUCGAGAUUUUGAGUUACAAGCACUACGACGCCCGCGUCGACCUAUGGUCCGUCGGCGCAGUCCUGUGCGAAAUGGCCGUCGGCACUCCCCCCUUCCGCGCCAACAACCAUGUCGAACUGCUGAAGAAGAUCGAGCGGUCCAAAGGGAUCGAGUUCCCCGCCGAGGAUCCGAGCAAGUAG